AUGGCCUGCCAUACUCCCCGCUUGCCUGCCAUCCUUCCCGCUGGCCUGCCAUCCUCCCCGCUGGCCUGCCAUCCUCCCCGUUGGCCUGCCAUCCUCCACGCUGGCCUGCCAUCCUCCACGCUGGCCUGCCAUCCUCCACGCUGGCUUGCCAUCCUCCCCGCUGGCCUGCCAUCCUCCACGCUGGCCUGCCAUACUCCCCGCUUGCCUGCCAUCCUCUCCGCUGGCCUGCCAUCCUCCCCGCUGGCCUGCCAUCCUCCCCGUUGGCCUGCCAUCCUCCACGCUGGCCUGCCAUCCUCCACGCUGGCUUGCCAUCCUCCACGCUGGCCUGCCAUCCUCCACGCUUGUCUGCCAUCCUCCCCGCUGGCCUGCCAUCCUCCCCGCUGGCCUGCCAUCCUCCCCGUUGGCCUGCCAUCCUCCACGCUGGCCUGCCAUCCUCCCCGUCCAUCCUCCACGCUGGCUUGCCAUCCUCCACGCUGGCCUGCCAUCCUCCACGCUUGUCUGCCAUCCUCCCCGCUGGCCUGCCAUCCUCCCCGCUGGCCUGCCAUCCUCCCCGUUGGCCUGCCAUCCUCCACGCUGGCCUGCCAUCCUCCACGCUUGUCUGCCAUCCUCCCCGCUGACCUGCCAUCCUCCCCGCUGGCCUGCCAUCCUCCCCGUUGGCCUGCCAUCCUCCACGCUGGCCUGCCAUCCUCCACGCUGGCUUGCCAUCCUCCACGCUGGCCUGCCAUCCUCCACGCUUGUCUGCCAUCCUCCCCGCUGGCCUGCCAUCCUCCCCGCUGGCCUGCCAUCCUCCCCGUUGGCCUGCCAUCCUCCACGCUGGCCUGCCAUCCUCCACGCUUGUCUGCCAUCCUCCCCGCUGGCCUGCCAUCCUCCCCGCUGGCCUGCCAUCCUCCCCGUUGGCCUGCCAUCCUCCCCGCUGGCCUGCCAUCCUCCCCGUUGGCCUGCCAUCCUCCACGCUGGCCUGCCAUCCUCCACGCUGGCUUGCCAUCCUCCACGCUGGCCUGCCAUCCUCCACGCUGGCUUGCCAUCCUCCCCGCUGGCCUGCCAUCCUCCACGCUGGCUUGCCAUCCUCCACGCUGGCUUGCCAUCCUCCACGCUAGCCUGCCAUCCUCCACGCUGGCUUGCCAUCCUCCACGCUGGCCUGCCAUCCUCCACGCUGGCUUGCCAUCCUCCACGCUGGCCUGCCAUCCUCCACGCUGGCUUGCCAUCCUCCACGCUGGCCUGCCAUCCUCCACGCUGGCUUGCCAUCCUCCCCGCUGGCCUGCCAUCCUCCACGCUGGCUUGCCAUCCUCCCCGCUGGCCUGCCAUCUACUACUCAACAUGUACAAGGGUGACCUGACCCCAACAUGGAGGAUACAUCACACACGCUGGCGACGUCACCCAAACAUAAACAACUCUGAGAAACAAUGGAAUAUGAGCACAAAUAAACAACAGUUCUAG